AUGAAUCCAAAUCCCCACCCGAAUCCAAACUCAAACCCAAAUUCAAAUCGAAUCCAGAGACAUCUCCCGCCUCCUCAGCCGCGAAGGCCAAAUCGACCACCAGUGCAACAUACACGGCAAAACCAGACGCGGGCGCACCAACCAAUAGAUUUCACAGAGAAUGAGCGAAUCACAAUCCAGACAAAACUAAACAAGGCUUUGGGUCCUGAAUAUGUCAGUUCGCGACCAGGGGGCCAUGGGGCAGUUCAAUAUAUUGAAGGUUGGAAAGCACUUAACUUGGCCAAUGAAAUCUUUGGUUUUAAUGGUUGGAAUUCCGAGUUGGUCUCAUGUGAGAUUGACUUUUUCGACACUCAUGGCAAUACGGGUAAAUGUUCCUUGGGUCUUUCCAUUGUUGUUCGUAUUACUCUUAAAGAUGGAACAUACCAUGAGGAUAUCGGUUACGGAUUCAUUGAAAAUGCCAGAAACAAAGCCACUGCGUUUGAAAAGUGUAAAAAAGAGGCAUUUACAGAUGGGAUUAAGCGGUGCUUGAGAUGUUUUGGAAACGUAUUGGGAAAUUGUUUAUAUGACAAAACAAUAGUUAAGCAAAUGGAGAAGGUAAAGAAACCACCUGUUGAGUAUCAAGAAGAAGAUUUCCAUCGAGAUAGAUUAUUAGUGGAGAGAGAACGAAAGAAGGAGUUGAUUGAAAGACGUGAAGCGGAAGCAGAAGCAGAAGCAGAAGCAGAAGCAAACGCAAGGGCAAAUGCAAAAACAAACGCAGAGACAAACACGAAUGCAAAUAGUGAGUCAUGGCACUUGAAUGCAAAUCCAAAUCCAAAUAUACUCAUAAAUCCUCAUCAGGCGUUUGUCACGCCGCGACUGCCUUCAAAAGUAGUUGAUCUUCCGAGAAAGAAAGAUACUGAUGACGUGGACGACGAAUCAUUUUUGUUUAGCGAUGACCUUGGUGAUGAGUCUCAAACAUCUCAGCAGACGCUUAAAAUGAAAGACUAUGAGCAACUAGAAGCGGAAACGAUGGCAAAGCGAAAAGGUCGAGAAGAUGAUGCUAAUCGAAGUGGAAACAACAACAAGAAUUACAGCAGUGAUAACAACAACAACAAUAAUAGUAAUAGCGAGUAUCUUGCCCAUGCUCCUGCUCAAGCUCAAGCUCAAACUCAGAUUCAGACUCAUGCUCAGGCUCCUGCUCCUGUUAGCGGUCCAUCGCCUUCACCUGCAUCGGCAUCUAUCCCCUCACCAAUGGUUGCAUUUGUUAACGCUAAAAGUGCAACUUUGAUUCAACAAAAUCCGGAACCAUCUAGUCAAGAAAUCAAAAGAUUCGACCCCAACUUUGUAUCUCCAAACAUACGUAGAACUGUUGAUCCUACGAAAUCAGUUCCUAUAAAAAGACCCGACAAGGCACCGACGCCUCCGAUCAAUACAAACCAUUUACAAAAUAGAGUACAUAAGCCUAGUACGAACCCGCUUAAUGCAAACUUUGGGAAGCGUAUUGGUCUUCCUCCGCUGAAAAUGAACAAACGAAUACAUUUGGACCCAUUGGGAAAUCGGCCAUCAUAA